UCAUGUAAGUUAACACUAGAAAUGCAGUGUAAAUGUUUUACAGAAGUGUGUAUAACAGUUCACAUGGACUUUUGAAAUAGAGAAUGAGAGAGCUUGUGCCUGUAAAAUAAGCUUUAUUACGUGAUGUCAGAAAAAGAUAUGGAGCAAAGGAAGUGUGUAAAGUGACUGUAGACUAAGCAAUUGGAGGAAUGAGAAAUGUAUUUGGUCUUUUCUAUGAUGCAUCAUUGUUGGAUGCUAAAACAGUAAUACAUUCAUAUUUAACAAAUAGGGUAUCACAAUGAGAGAUUACAAUAUCCCAGAAUUGUAAGAAUAUCUAUAAAAGGCUGAAAAUGGACAUGAGCCUUUACCAGAAGCCUUGUUUUGGUUAUUAUGCACAGGUGACUUCCCAUGUAUAUAUAUGUUAUUAUAUAUCUUCUAGCUGAACAAGAAUUCGCUGAUGUUCAAUAAGAAUGGAAAUAAAGAGGAUAAUUGGAUAGUGAGACAUAAAAGUUCAUUUUGAGUUUACCAAAGACUGCUCAUCCAAUGACUAUGUUAUCUUAAGCAUUAUUGUUUUUGUAAAAGGACUCUCAAUUCCAAUAAACCUAUGAUUAAGGAAAAGUUUCAAAACCAUAAUAUUGGGAAUACUUCUAUGAAGAUGCCAUGGAUUUAUUGGCUAAAAUUCCAAGAGUUGCUGCCUUAAUUUAUAGACACAAAUACAAGGUAUUUAGUUGUUUUUAUACCUUAAGAAUGGUGAAAUCAUAUCAGCUGAUGAAAAUUUAGAUUGGGCUGGAAAUUAUGCUCAUAUGCUUGGAUAUAAUAAAUUUGAAGUUAGAGAAUGUUUGAGAGGAUAUUUAAGCAUUCAUGCUGAUCAUGAAGGAGGUAAUGUGAGUGCUCAUACAACACAUUUGGUUGGAUCAGCAUUAGCAGAUCCAUAUUUAUCAUAUUCUGCUGGUGUUAAUGGAUUAGCUGGUCCAUUACAUGGUCUUGCAAAUUAAGAAGUACUUAAAUGGUUAUUAGAAAUGAGAGUAAUAUAUCUAUAUUAACAUUUUUCUUAGGAAUCCUUGGGUGAGAAUAUAUCAAAUGAAAAAAUUUAAGAUUAUGUUCUUACAACAAUCAGAGAAGGUAAAGUCAUACCAGGAUAUGGACAUGCCGUUCUUAGAUAUACAGAUCCACGUUUCAUUCAUUAAAAAGACUUUGCUGCUAGACAUAUUAAAGAUGAUCCUUUGGUUGACUUAGUAAGAUAAUGUUAUCAUGUUAUUCCACCUGUUUUAAAGACUAUUGGAAAAAUCUAAAACCCAUGGCCGUAAUUAUAUAUAAUUAUCAUAGAAAUGUUGAUGCACAUUCAGGUGUACUACUUUAUCACUAUGGAAUGAAAGAAUUCUAAUAUUAUACUGUUGUUUUCGCAGUCUCAAGAGCCCUUGGAUGUAUGGCCAACCUUAUCUGGUCAAGAGCAUUUGGAUUACCAAUUGAAAGACCAGGAUCAAUUACUCUUAGAUGGAUUGAAGAAAAGUUUGGAGAAAACUAAAGCAUGAAAUGAAC